GCAGUGUUUUGUGGUCUGCCACAACAUCGCACAAUGGGCCAGACAGCGUCGCAGCCCCUCGCCUCGUCGUCCGCGGUGCCCUCGGGCUGCCCCAUGCAUCAGAAAGCUCCCGCCCCCGACGCCCCCGCCAAAUGCCCCGUUGACCACAAAGCUCUUGCUUCCUCGUCCUCGUCCGCCGCACCCGCCGCCUGCCCCGUCUCCCAUGACUCUCUGUCUCCGCUGAACCAGAUGCCCGUCCUCUCCCAAGCGCCCGCGCCCAACCAGUCCGUCGCCCUCCCCACCGAUCGCACGCUCUCUUCCAUACCAAAGGCCGACGACCAGAACGCCAAGUGGGAGUACCCCAGCCCGCAGCAGUUCUACAACGCCCUCGUCCGCAAGGGCUGGGAGACGCCCGAGGAGCACGUUGAGACGAUGGUCCAGAUACAUAACUUUCUCAACGAGAGGGCGUGGGAUGAGGUCUUGAGGUGGGAGAGGGAGUAUCACGGCGACGACAACGUGCAGCUUGCGCGGUUCAUGGGCAAGCCGGGUACGCUCUCCCCCAAGGCGAGGUUAAUGCAGUUUGCGGGCUGGCUCCUACCCACCCGUUUCAGCUCCGAACCACCCUUUGACCGACAUGACUGGCUCAUCCACCGCCCCCGCACCAACGAGUCCGUCCGCUACGUGAUCGACUACUACUCUGCCCCGCCCGAGCCCGACGGGUCGCCUGUGUUCAGUUUGGAUGUUCGACCUGCGCUGGAUAACUGGUCGGGCAUUAGGAUGCGGAUAGGUGACCUGACGGAGGGGGUGUGGAAGAGGGAGCGGCAGCGUGAGGAGAGGAGGGCAUGAGGGCGCGUUUAUAUUAUAUUCGGUUAGUUUUGUAAUCCUUUGUUAGACGUGUUUGUGGGUGGUAUAGACGACUACGGAGCACAGAUAAUUACAUCCUGAGGGAGUUUGAACCUUUGGGUGCAACGCGGGAGAUUGUGCAGGGAUUGUGGCACGUCUGAGGUCUAACUCCCGCAUCAGUAAUUGCAUUUAGAUUCGAAUAUACUGUGUUUGCCACUGAC